AUUUCCACCACGUAGGGACUAUAAAAUAAAGCUUAACCCCUACCGGAAGUUCGGUAGAGAGUCUUCUGUGUUCUCUCUCACGCUAUUUCUCGGUCGCUUCCUCACUCACACCACCACACACACACACACACACAUACACACACACUCGCUUUUUCUCUCUUCGUCUUCAAUCUUUCUAGGGUUUUAUAAAUUCGGACCCAAAUUCGAUUUGAGCUCCCAAUUCGCCAUCGCCUUGAUUGAAUAGUGUAUGUGUAUCAAGAUGGAGUCUGAUAAUUCGUGGAGCAGUCUCUUCUCGAGCUCUUCGUCGAGGCGGUACCAAUCUCGAUCCGGUCACUUUUCCCAAACUAACCCAGAUCUGUUUGCGCACGACGAAACUGAUGGAGACGAUGAGUUAAAGGCCGAGUUUUUGUGCCCUUUUUGCGCUGAGGAUUUUGAUGUUGUUGGGCUUUGUUGCCACAUCGAUGAGGAACAUCCGGUGGAGGCUAAGAACGGGGUCUGUCCAGUUUGUGCCAAAAGGGUGGGAGCAAACCUUGUGAGCCAUAUUACCACGCAACAUGGGAGUUUGUUAAAGGUUCAGCGCAAGAGGAAAUUUCGCAGGGGAUCUAAUUCAACAUUUUCUAUAUUAAGGAAAGAGCUUCGAGAAGGAAGUUUACAAGCCCUUCUCGGAGGUUCUUCUUUCCUUGUUUCUUCAAACACGGAAGCUGAUCCUUUGCUGUCUUCCUUUAUAUAUAACCCACCCACAGUUGAUGAGGAUGUGAGCGCACAACCCGAUCCUUUUGUCGAAGCUUCUUUUGUAAAGGAAAGCACAAAGGAAGAGUUCUUGGAAAGAAUUGUGCAACAACCACCGCUAUCACAUAAGGACCAAGAAGAGAAGGCGCGGAAGUGUGAGUUUGUUCAAGGAUUGCUGAUGUCCACCAUCCUGGAUGACUUAUGAGUUAGAAGAGGGUGUAGUGGGGAGAGAUACGGAAUUGACAAGUUAGGACCAGAGCACAGAGCCCAAGUAAUAUGAGGGAAGUAAGUCGCGUGCUAUUUAUGUAUCAACGGGUAAUAGUUAGAUCUGAACAAGCAUGUAUUCGUAUUGUACUCGGAGCUUUAUGUGUAUAAUGGAAAUAUGAAAUAAAUUUAUCCACUUUUGCCUUUUGCUUUC